AUGAUAUUAACUCAAAUCAUUGUAUUUUAUUCUCAAUACUACGAGUAUCUCAACCUGAAAAUAAUGGGAAAAACUUGGACUGUUGUUCAACAUCAAUUUCAAAUAUUUUCCACAUUGUUUGCCGUUCCUCUAAAUAUUUUCCUAAUUUUUCUAAUCAUCAAAAAAUCUCCAAAAGCUCUUGGGUCUUACAAAUAUUUGUUGGCUUACACUUCAUUUUUCGAAAUUGUUUAUUCAAUUGUUAAUUUGAUUGGAGCUCCGGUGAGAUUUCCAGAAAAAAACUUGAUUUUCAAAUUUUUUUUUCAGUGUUUCUAUUCUCAUGGAUCUGCAAUCAUAAUGUUCAUUGAAACCGAAAAUUCAAUUUUCAGUCCUUUAAUUCUGAAUAUUUUCAAUAGUUUGUAUUGUGGGACAUUUGGAACUGUUUUAGGAUUAUUUUCAAUUCAAUUCAUUUAUCGAUACUUAGUUUCUAUCAGGUUUGUAAUAUAAACUGGAGAAAAAAAUGAAAAAUAAUCUUUAAGAAGUGAAUGGCUUAUAUCAUUUCGCCCAUCAAGAAUAUACAUUUGGUUUUCUUUUCCUCUUUUAUCAGGCCUAACUUGGAGUUUUACAACAUAUUUUUUAGCCACACAAAGUGACUUGAAAACAAAAUAUUUAGAAACUCAUGUACUUCAUGAUUUGGAUGUAAAUAUCCAUAAAACUGUUUAUCUGGGAUUACUGCUAUUUCCGAAAAAUUCGAAUGGUACACGAUAUAUUCAUGUUGAAUCUGUAAUUGUGAAUUCAAUCGAGAAUUUAUCUCUUUCAAUUUCAUGGUUUGUAAUUCUAUAUUUCGGAAUCAAAUGUUAUUUGGAAAUGCGCAAAAGUAUGGAUCAAUCUUUAGCGCAUCGGAAGUUGCAGAGACAACUUUUUAUAGCUCUUGUCAUACAAACUAUGAUACCCUUGGUGUUAUUACAUAUUCCUGUUUUCUUUUAUUAUUUAUUGGCCAUAAUUGAAAUUAAUUGCGGUAUAUUCGGUGGAAUUAUCACAAUUACAAUAGCACUUUACCCAGCUAUCGAUCCACUUCCAAAUUUUUUCAUUAUUAAAAACUACAGACUUGCAAUCAAACAAUAUUUCUGUUUGACUAAAAGAUCCGAAACUUUUCAAAUCAGAACUAUCCGUUCUCGAAGUGGUUCUGGGUUGGACAGAAAAGCAACGCUAACGUCAUCCAUCAAUGCAAUAUCGAGGACAAACUUCUGA